AUGUUGAACAGGGCAAGAAGUAAUCCUGUGUGUUUCCAGCAAGUUAGACACCUUUCGAGAAGGAAGAUUGCGUAUCCCUUCUAUCCGUUCAAGAAGCUGUCGAGAGAGCAUCCCAAGAAGCACGAUUCGAAUUUGAAGCAUGCCAUGAGACAGUUUCUGGGCCCCAGAAAUUACAAGGGAGAGUACCAGCUGAACAAGUACACGAGGAUCCCCAGAGACCAUGUGCCUAACUAUAUCAGUCCCAAUAGUGAGAGGGGCGAGACUUUGGUGAAUCCUGUGAACGGUAAUGUGUUGCAAGAGACGUUCAAUGGGAAGUACAAAGAGGUUGGGAAGAGUAGAACGCGUGAAGAUAGAAAGAAUUUGCGGCCGUUCCCUUUGAAUGCCAACUGUCAAACGAACUAUAUCAUUUCAGAUGAUUUAAAACGACAGAUUUACAACGACAUGGACCAAAACAAUCUCUCCACGCAACAGAUCUCGCAGAAAUAUGGAUUGAAGGUGCCCAGAGUGGACGCCAUAAUCAGACUCUAUAAGAUUGAACAGGAUUGGACAAAACAUAAUCUGAUUAAUCCAAGCUUGCAAACUAUGUCCGAGACUUUGUAUGGGAUGUUCCCAAUUUUCAAGCCCACAAGCACUAGAGAGAAUCUGAGUGAGAUUCCCAUCCCUUCUAGUGCGAAGAACUCCAGAUUCGUCACCAUUGCCGAGUCUGAACCGUUCGGUCCCAUUGAUGCAGCAAACGUCUUGGAUUUAGAACCAGCUGUAAAGACUCUGCAAAGGUUAUCGUCUGAAGAUGAAGAGCAAGUCAAGCAAGACACAGGGAGAAAGAGUCACAGAAGAAUCAUUCUUGGUGAGUUGAAAAGAGGAAACAGAUCAAGAUUCAAAUUCACCGAUAUUAGAGCUGAUAAAAUCGCAUAUCGUUACGGUUCUGGAAAUCGUGACAAUAAGAAAAAUCGUAAAAUUGGCUUCAAUGAGAUGGGCCAAAUGGUAUAUAUCUAG